AAAAAAAAAGAAACGUCAAAAUAGAAAAAUAAAAAUGGCCGCUUUGUGUUCGUCAUUAUGUGUUUGGUGUCGUAUUUUGCGAGAAUACUACACUUAAAACUGGAAAUGUGUACUAUACAUAAGUGAAAACCAUCAUUAUAAACCUAUCUUAAGUGGAAACAUUCGUUAACCUGCACGUAAAAACAAAAAUUUGCAAUGUCGGUCGACAAGUCAAUGGAGCUCCGAGGCAAUGAGAUCGAUAAAAGCAAACGUCGUCAUAGAACUGACGACACUGUUGUUGCGACAGCGGCAUUGACUGGAGAUUCGCAACAAUACGCGAAGAUGGAGAAUGCAGACGACGGCGCGGGGAAGCCUACAGAUUUAUGUUUACAAAGCAGCUUGCAUUUGGUGUCUAGUACUACAAGUAGUUUAGCCGAUACGCCCGGUGAUUCUGGUGUUUUGUGUUUGGACAGUGAAGCUUCUGAGGUAACCAGUCAGGCGUUGAUGUCACACAGUUUAGUUGGGGCUGAAGAAUUAGCGUGCGACAGCCUCUAUGAUGCUGUUCCAUCUUGUUCUCAGGACAUGAUCAAGAGCACAACCAGCAGCCUCAUGACUCGGAGCGACAUAGACAAUCAGAAUAUGGGAGCACCUGAAGACAUAGUCCCUGAACUCCUUGUAGAAACUAACAAAAAAUCUCCAGUCUAUGAAAACUUGCCAGAUGUAGUUUUAAAAGCUUUGGAGAGUGAGAAAAUUUCUAGUGAAAACAUAGACAAACCAACACGACCAAAUGAGCCAAAGAAAUCUCUCUCUGAAGAUAUUGUGUAUAGGAGGAAAUGCAAAAAGAAGUCACAAAGCGGAGGCUCACAGAAAAAACGGGUAUCAUUCCAUGAAGAUAUAUUAAACAAUACUAAAACGGAUAAUAUUCAUAUUGAACGAGGUUUCGUCUCAUAUGGACCAGAUAACACAUAUUGUGAUAGGUUUAGGCAAAAGAAUAAUAUUGCAACUGAUAGAUUUUCAUGGUGCGCAUCUGGAGAUAGGUCACCAAAGUAUGCAGCAGAUGUGGCGCAGCAGACCAUGUCUGACCUACUUGUUUAUGGUGACUCCAAAGCUGACCGAAGUGGUGUAUUUGAAUAUUGUCAAGAUUAUGAUCAUGAAAAUCAGGAGAAUGACAAUAAAGACAAAGAUAACAAUAAUGAGACAAGGCCGAGAGGGAAAUUAUAUGGAUGUGAUUCCAACAGCUCCGAUUCUAAUUUUAGCUGUGACUCGGAGACAUCUUCCAGUGACUCAUCCUCAUCACAUUCUAAUAAAACAGAAGCUACACUUCUGCACAGAAAAUGUGACAAAGCUCAAAAAUCAUACUCAUGUGACGGAUUUGAAAACAAUGCUCAUGUAGCUUUUAUGAGGAAAACAUACUUCUCUGAAGCUGAUAUAGAUCAACCCCAUGAUAGAACCAAGAAACCCCUAGAAGUUACAGAAAGCCCAAACAGAGUUAAAUCUGUCUUAAAGAAAAAGCGCUACAUAACCACCAACGUAGUUGAGGAGAAAAAACAGAAUACCAAAGUCUUAAAUCUACUGGAUGUCAACAUUAUUGAUUCCUUGAAAAGUUUUUACAAGAAUUUUAAUUUCAAUUUUACACCAGAAAAAGGUUUACCUGAGAACAGUAUUGAAUUGACUAAUGUGGUUGAAGCUUUGCCUGAUGUGAAUCAAAACAAAAAACUAUCUAAAAGCUUGGAUUCAGGCUUUCAGAUUGAUGAUGAAGAUGAUUUUGUGGAGAUUAAUCUAAAUGGGCAGCAAUUAGAAGCAGCUCCAUCUAAAGAGAUGAUAUCCUCAACGAAAAGCAAUAUUGCAGGAGAUAGGACACCUAACGAGGGCUCUCCGCGGCACAAACUCACUCUGAACAUGAAAGCGCAAUUUGACAAGAAAUCUAACAAAUCUGAUGCUUUUCCGUCCGUAAACAAAUAUGUUGUGAACUGUGAGAGCACAGUUUACGAACAUAAAGGAGUGUCCUACAGUUAUGUACACGAUACAUUCCAGACUGCAUUUGAUGCCCCCAAGGAAACAUUUGUCCCUAUACCAGAAAGCACUCCAGUGAAGGAGCUAGUGACUAGUACUAGCAAAGCCGAUUUCACUCUAAAGCAGACUGAUACAGAUUCAUCCAGCAGGGCAUCUACACCUAAGAGACAAUUCAACAAGAAUGUUCAGGAUGAAACUGAACAGAAAAAUGGUAUUCCAAAGCAUUUAUCUUCUCCUAAGAGACAAAAUGUCAACCGUUACAGCCGGAAAUCUGCUUCUACACUACAGAAAACAAAUGAAGAACAACAGCAAACUAGUGACAACUGCUCAAACACAGAUAACUCUACUUUAAAAGGUGGUGAAGAUUUCGCAGAUGACUUCUUUGACAGUCCUUCUCAAAAGAUGAACUCUGACAAAUCCGCUUUACUGAAUCGAUAUUUGAAGAACGUAUGUCAACGUAAAGACUUGGAACUGAAGAUACGGAACAAUAAGUUCUUUCAAAACAAGUUGCGAAUGGAGAAAGGUUUCCCGAGCAUCAUAUAUCCGUUUGAGGACGUAUCGGAUACGUUCCACACUUCCGCGGCGCGGAUGUCACGCCUCGUGGACAAAGAGGUGAUCGAAAACAAAAGACUGUCGGUGCGGUUGCUGACGGCCGACGAACCGUCCUACUUUGACAGCUUUGAAGAUAAUGUCGCCAUAGAAUGCAAUGAGAAAUUGAGGUUGCAAAUAUUCUCGUAUCCUAAUGAAACUCUGAAUAGGAUGAUGAAAGUGCAGUCCCAGUACAACAUGGAGGACGGUGCAUGGACCCCUUUACUGGUGUUCAUCACGGACUUCGCCCUCUACGUAGCGGGCCUGACCCCAGGCGGCACUGAAUACGACAUUCUUUGUCGGCUGCCGCACAAUGAAUUAGAUGCUAUUGCGGUCGGUCCCGAAGCGCAAUACGUCCAGAUCAUCGACAUCUCGGGCAACAUCGCUUGCUCCAUCGUGACCGGGGAGUCGUCUCUGGGCGUCCGCCUAGUAUCCUCUUUGGAGUGGAGUGCGCGCACUUCGCCGUUGCGCGUACAGCGACCGCCGGCCAUCAUACCGCUAAGUUGCAAGCAUUUGGCAGCUGAAGUGGCUAGGCAAAGACAUCAGGACAAGGUAUCGGACAUCUUGUACUACGGUCGCGUCUUGUCGGGGGACGCGGGCGACCGUCUUAUAGAAGCGCCGGGGGCUUUCGCUCCGCCGCUCGAGGGCUAUCUCAUGUGCCGCACCGACCGCAGCAAACGCUUCGAACCUUGCUACUUCUUACUCAGAGCGGGUGUCCUUCAAUGGGGUCCUCACCCGCCCGACGCCAACACGUCCCUACCCAACGCCAUCGCGCUGCGCUCCGUGGUGGGCGUGCGGCGCCACGUGGACAGCUCGCGCCGCCCGCACUGCUUCGAGAUCGCCACCAACACCGGCGCCAGGCUGCUGCUCGCCGCGCCCGACGACCCCGCCGCCUCCUCCUGGCUGCAGUCGCUGCUGCUGCACGCGGCGCAGGCGUUGGAAGAGAAAGACGGGCUGUCCGUGGAGCGUGCAGGGCCGCCGUGCGCGUGCACCGUGCUGGUGACGGCGCGGGAGGUGCUGAGCGUGCGCGCGCCCUUAGACCUCGCCUUCGUGCCCGGCGCCGCUGCCUACCUCAAGCAGCGCGGCGAGGAGGCGCUGCUCAAAGAAUACAUAGCGGAAAUGCGGACCGACGUCGAGAUACUGGCGUGCGGCUCGCUCAAGAACUUAACUGCAUUCAAAAUACCCGACACAGACGAGAACUGGUGCUGUUUGGAAUGGUCCGUGUGCGAGGCGCGCGAACGUGGUUCAGGACUGGCGCUGGUGAUGGCCAGUGGCGCUGAACUGGAGCGGCUCAUCGCCGCCGUCGAGCGGGCAUUCUGUGCACUCACUAGCGAGCCGUUCCCGCUAAGCGUGGUCGAGGCGUCCAAAUCUGCGUGCAGCACCGCGCACUCCAAAUUCGAGGCCGCCUGGACGCACAUGCUGCCGCAGCAGUAGACAGGUACAAACGAGGACCGAUUAUAGAUCUUAACAAAUUGUAAUAAGGUU